AUGACUAUUCAUCGUGUACAGUGUUUUGUGCGUGUUCGUCCUCUCCUUGAGGGUGAGAGGGUGAGAGAAGAAAACGAGGAUGACUAUCUCUUGAUAAACACAGAUGAACAGCGGGUACUCAUUGGCCACCACCACAGUUAUCGCUUUGACAGAGUCUUUGAUCCGACAAUUCCUCUACAUCAUAUCUGCAACACGGUAGUAGUAGGAAUGGUGCAAGGGGCACUUAAGGGUUUGCAAAAAGCACUUCUUCUAUACGGACCAACUGGAGGUGGAAAGUCAUACACAAUGAAUCAGAUAAUUCCAGUAGCUCUUCAAUUGCUAUUACAAAUAGCUGAUUCAGAAAGAAUUGAAUACGAGACGACGAUUACCUUGGAAUGCGUCCAAAUAUAUUUAGAGUGUAUUUCAGACCUUAUUGAUCCGUCAAAGAAUGAUCUACAACUUCGUGAAUUUCCCGAUACUGGUGUAUAUGUUCGUGGUGCUACACAAUUGUCUAUUUCCUCGUUAGAAGAAUUUAAUAAAAUCUGGGAAAAAAUAGCAACUUCUCGUUUCCGUGGAACCACACCCCUCAAUAGUUCAAAAUCUAAAGGUAGUCAUUGUGUGAUAAAUUUAAGGGUGAAACGACGCCGUAGGAUUGAUUCUAGAUUUGAAGAAGUGUCAUGCUUAAAUGAUGACAAUGUUUCUUCUUCUUCUUUUAUAACGGAUGGUCGUAUCUGUAUUGUAGAUCUUGCAGGAAGUGAUCGGCUUCGGGAAUCUGAUACUAUUGCUAUCGAUCAGGGAACCCCUAUAAGAAUGAAUCAAUCACUAGCUGUUCUCAGAAACGUGAUGAAUGCACUAGCAGACCCUAAAAAAACACAUGUACCAUUUCGUGACAGUAAACUUACUCGUCUACUACAAGAACCAUUGGGAAGAGGAGGAAGCUGUAAUAUAUUAGUAUGUAUAUCACAAUCACCCAUAAAAAUUCAUGACACUGGGCUUGCUCUUGCUUUUGGGGUAAAGGCCAUGUCAAUUGUACAAAACUCUGAAUCCAAAAAAAGUAUAGAUCACACAUCCUAUCUUGAGGAUGUUCAGAAGUGGUUAGCAAACCGCGUACAUAUGCUGGAAAGGGAGCUCCGCCAUCUAACAUUAAAAAACCCACGUCAGUGUAGUACAUGUAUAGAAAAAGAAAUAAAAAUACUAGAGAUUUCACAACAAUUGAGUUCCUUAAAGGCACAAACCAUAUACACAGAGAAAGAAUACAAUGUUACACUCCGUCGACUCCGCGAUGCCCUCGAAACGACACAAAAUGAUUGUGAGCAUUACCGGAGAAAGGCAAUGAAAAAGUGUACAAUUAUAGAUGAAACAUCAAAUGAGCGAAAGUUACUUACCCUUAACGAAUACUGGACAGGAUACACGGAAUCGCUACAACAGGAUCUUGAAACUGCUGAGCGAGAACGGGACGAGGCUUGUGCUGAACUGUUCAAAUUAUCCACUGAAAUUACCCAACUUCGGUUACAACACAACAAUACUUGUGAAACACAAAAAAUAGAUAUAAAUAAUAAUAGAAAUGACAACAAUGACUCUGUGUAUAUUAACAUAGACCAAGAUAUAAUACCUGAUAAAACAUCCAUAGAGAACGCCACAAAACACCAACAACAACAACAAAAAGAACACAAGCAGGAUCAUAUAGAAAACAAGCGUGCCACUCGUGACAGCGUAACCCUGCGAGCGGAGCUGAGUGAUGCCCAGCAACGUGCAAAGGAGCUUGAGAGCGCUGCUUGCGAGGUGGAAUCACUUCGCAUGCGGUGCCGUGAACUGCAGCAGACACUGGAGGCUGUUGAGUCGCGCAGUGUUGGGGAGUGCACUGGUCUGAGGGACCGUCUGGCUGCGAUGGAGGAAAACAUGGCCGCACUGCGAGCGGAGAACAGACGUGCCACCCACGACAGCGUAACC